AUACAUUUCCGGCACGGACCGUCCCCACCCCUAUACACAUCUUUAGCACGGCACGGCUCGACUCCACUCGCUGCCACAGCCAGCUCGGGCCCUCCUCCAGGGCUGCGUGAGCCGGUGUUUGAUUGGAUUAGAGUCGGCUAGCCUUUGCCCUCUAACCUCGCUGAUGUUGGUUGGCUGCUUCCUGCUACCUCCGCUCCUCCUGACCCACUCAGCCGCACGGCGAGGCGCCCUGCACUGACACAGCCGACCGAGACAAGCUGCUACUGCCUGACCAGCGCCGAGCCGAGUCGAGCCAAGCCACAGUACACACAGAGGCAGACGGAGGAAAAGCACGGGAGCCAUGCGGAGGAAAUCAAGGAUAUUGUUGUGCUUUGCGGUGCUGUGGGUUCUAGGAAUAGCCUAUUACUUCUACUCGGGGACUGCGCUGAACCGAAAGGAUGACUGGGCCUCCAGUGACGUGUCGAGUAGGAUCAGAGCUCGCUCUGAUGAUAAAGCUCAGGGUCUGGAGACUCUGCCGCCAGGUAAGGUGCGCUGGCAGGAUUUUGACGAGGAUCUAUACGUUGGAGCCACGGUGGUCCGGCCCGGUCAGGACCCAUACGCCAGGAACAAGUUCAACCAGGUGGAGAGCGACAAACUCCGAAUGGACAGAGCCGUGCCGGACACAAGACAUGACCAUUGCAGACAUAAGCAAUGGAAGUCGGAUCUACCAGCCUCCAGUGUGGUCAUCACCUUCCACAAUGAAGCUCGCUCUGCUCUGCUGCGGACUGUGGUCAGUGUUUUAAAGAAAAGUCCUGUUCACUUAGUCAAAGAGAUCAUCCUGGUUGAUGACUACAGCGAUAAUUCCGAGGACGGAGCGUUGCUGGGGAAGAUUGAGAAAGUGCGUGUGUUGCGGAACGACCGCAGAGAAGGACUGAUGCGUUCGAGGGUGCGUGGUGCAGACGCCGCUACGGCGCCAGUACUCACCUUUUUGGACUCUCACUGUGAAUGUAAUGACCACUGGCUAGAGCCGCUGCUGGAGAGGGUGGCUGAGGACAAAAGCAGAGUAGUUUCUCCCAUUAUCGAUGUCAUCAACAUGGACAACUUCCAGUAUGUAGGCGCCUCAGCUGAUCUGAAAGGAGGUUUCGACUGGAACUUGGUGUUUAAGUGGGACUACAUGACUCUGGACCAGAGACGGGCGAGACAAGGCAACCCCAUUGCUCCAAUAAAGACUCCAAUGAUAGCUGGAGGUCUAUUUGUCAUGGAUAAGGAUUACUUUGAGCUGCUGGGAAAGUACGACAUGAUGAUGGAUGUUUGGGGCGGAGAGAACCUGGAGAUCUCAUUUCGUGUGUGGCAGUGUGGUGGCAGUCUGGAAAUCAUCCCCUGCAGCAGAGUCGGCCACGUCUUCAGAAAGCAACAUCCAUACACCUUCCCUGGCGGCAGCGGGACUGUGUUUGCGAGGAACACAAGGAGAGCGGCAGAAGUGUGGAUGGACGAGUAUAAAAACUUCUACUACGCUGCCGUCCCGUCAGCCAGAAACGUCCCCUAUGGAAAUAUCCAGAGUCGUAUGGAGAUGAAGAAGAGAUUAGGCUGUAAACCAUUUAAAUGGUACCUGGAGAAUGUUUACCCUGAACUGAGGGUCCCGGAUCACCAGGACAUCGCGUUUGGAGCUUUGCAGCAGGGAGGAAACUGUCUGGACACACUGGGUCACUUCGCCGAUGGGGUGGUGGGCGUGUAUGAAUGCCACAAUGCUGGUGGAAACCAGGUAGCGUUACCGCGACAACACAUGCAGGAAUGGGCCCUGACCAAGGACAAAUCAGUGAAACACAUGGACUUGUGUCUGACUGUGGUGGACAGAGCAGCCGCUUCUCUCAUCAAACUACAGGGCUGUCGAGAAAAUGACAGCAGACAGAAAUGGGAACAGAUCGAGUCCAACUCGAAGCUUCGUCACGUGGGCAGUAACCUCUGUCUGGACAGCCGCAGUGCCAGGAUGGGCGGACUCACUGUGGAGGUGUGCAGCCCCAGCCUUAACCAGCAGUGGAAGUUCACCCUCAACUUACAAUCAUAGGGGGGGGAAGGGGGGCGCUGCAGAGACCAGGCCGAGUUGAAUGCUCAGUAGAGACACCAACUGACUCUGCGACGCGGUUAAGAAGAUGGACUGAAGGAAACUUGAUGGAUAAAUGGAUAUUUUUUGCUCCUCCUCAGAGGUGCAGCCAGUCAUGCACCCUUCUCCCCCACCAAAAAAACUAUGGGCCACGUCCUCCUGGGGGAGAGGCUUGCAGAUGUUGUGGAGUAAUCUGUCUGUGAUGGAUGGAUGGAUGGAUGGAUGGACGGGUGGGUGCUGACAGUGAUGACCACGAUGAGGAUCAUAGUGACAGAGAGGUUUUCCACCCAAACUACAUACCUCAGUGUUUUUCAUUGAUGGUUCCAGAAGCAAAUGUUGAGUGAUUUUUUUUUUUGGGAUUUUUUUUUUUUACUUUUACUUUAUUUGACACUGAUAAAAUCAAAACUCUUUUUACAUUGUAAUUGUUAUAUUUUAUUAAUAUUUUAUUCCUUGCUCUUAAAUCUUUACGGGGUUUCACAGGAGCUUUUUUUUUUUUGUUCUUGGACGAAUCGGAUGUUGGUGGUGUUGCUCCUUUCCUGUGCUCUCUAGUUGGUUUUUUUCACACCGAGCUGGAGCCUGCGGCAGCAGAACGAGGCCUCAGCUUGUGCUUUUGGUUUGAUUUGGGUAUGGAGUGAUCUGAAGGGAAGAAAAUGGGCUCAGUUCUUUGAGCUUCUCCUCUUGUUUACUUUCAUCGGUUAACAGGAUCAACAGAGAAAAGAGUGGAGAGGAAAAAUGCUGUGUGUACUUCUUUGUUUUAUUUUUUUUUUCUCUUGGGGAGGGAGCAGGGUUCAGGGAGGAGCAUCUGCUCUCUGGACAGGGCCUGACACCAGUUUGGCCCCGAAGAGCACGGACCGAAACCAGGAAGUGUCUUUAAGCUCACCAUAAAGAUUUACUGUCUUCAGGCUGCAGCACUGGCUGCUACAGCACCUUCACUUUUUUGUCUCUAAAGAAAACACACAGAAAAUAAAUCUCUUUCCAGUCUUUUUUUAUUUGUUUACUUUUGUCAAAAAAAAAAGAAAAAAUGGAACCAAAUUUCAAAUGGAUGUUUUGUGUUUCAGGAAAACCAGAGGAACAAUUAAAAAAUAAUUUUUCUUUACAUACUCUUGCUGCUCUCUAACUGCUUCCUGCGGAGUGGCUGCACAGAUCCUCAUCUUUGCAUGUGUUUCUAUUACAGCUGUUGGAAGGUUACUGUGUAAUCAAACUGGAUUUAAUGUUACAGCUUCUCCUCUAGAGCUAACAGGUGUUUGUGGCAAACAGAUUAAAAGGUGACCGUUUUUUAAUAUCACUGCAAUGUUUUCAAAAUGAAUUCCUAAUUGACCAAACUCUGCAUGUAGGAAACUCCACAGUUUUGUUGUUUUUGUGUUUUAUGUAGACGGACAUCACAGAUGCUGCUUUUUGUUCUUGGUCAGACCUCGUAUUAACAUCCAUCGCUCUGUUAUUCAUGAGAAAUGAUUUCUCUUCAACUUCCUCCGCCGCUACGACCCUUAGGCCUCUGUAGUUCUUAGUGGUGCAGCGCCGCAGCUCGUCCUCCCUGGCCUUUUCCUGAGAAUAUUCUAGAUGUGCGUUUGGUUGCACUCGGUUGAAACCUUGUUUUAAAUCAUUUGUCAUUUGUGUUAAGUGUUUUUUCUUUUUUUUUAAGAAGAAAAAUUGCCCAGCCCAAGUGCGACUCACCUUAAUGUGUCCUGAAUGUGAUUUCAGAUCUGAUAUUCAGGUCUUUCAACGGUGGUGUUCUGGCUCUGAGACGCAUGUGUCCACAUUCUUUCACGUGUGUGAACAUAAAUCUGUUCCCUGGUUGCACGGCCACAGUCGAUGUCCUCUUACCUGCUGCGGUUUCACAAUGUGCUGAAAGUAUUUUUUACCCUUCAUUGGGGCCAAUUCGUUCAUUUAUCUGUAGCCACCCCCACAAUAUUAAUGAACACCACAUGAUUUCCUUUUUCAAAUGGGUUCAUUUGUAUUUCAUGGUAGAGCUGUGUGCACAUCUCCACUUUUCACUGACACAUCCUCACAGAGUGGAUAAUUGACUCUGUGCAAACAGACACGACAUCUGUGUUUAUUUCAUGUGAACAGGCUCAGCGGUUGUGAUCAGAUCGCUCAGGUCUGUCUUUGUUGACAAAGUAAAUCCUUGCUUGUUUCGGCCCGAGAACACCAAAAACCUACAGUUAUUAAAAAACGUGACAUUCAUGUGCACACGUGUUCUUAAGGCUGCGUGCAUCUCCACCGUGUCUCCAGACUUUCACUUAGUCAUGUUUUCAUCAGCAUAUUUGUCUUGGCUGUAGCCGUCGCUCUUGGUCGAUGAUGAGUCAUAGGGAGCUUUAAGCUGCAGUAAACAACGUUUUUACUUUUUGUUUUUCCACUGUGUCCGUUAGAGCUGAGCAGACUUUUCUCAUCCCGAAAAUUCUGAAUCGUUUUUGAGUCCGACUCAAGUCCCGACUUGGGCAUUGACUUCUGAACGUUUGAAAUGAAGACUCUUUGUUAUGUAGUAGAACAUAAAUGUGGCCUCUGAUAUUGAAAUAUUGCUGUAUUAAUGCCGCUUUAAUGCUGCAAUAUUUCCAUUUUGAUGCUCUAAUGUCACACAUGUACACAUGUUCACAGUAUUAAGAGGCACCUGCAAUGGUUACUUUAGCAUGGAGGCAUUUAUAGGGACUUUUGGUGCAAAAUAUGAGUCUGAUGAACUAUUAAUGACCAUGAAUUGAGGACCAUCCUUUUUGUCUUUUAUGGCAGUGCUUCUCAAUGCCUGUCCUCGGGGCCCCACUGCCCUGCAUGUUUUAGAUGUUUCUCUGCUCCAGCACACCUGUUCCAAGUAAUCAACCCGUCAACAAGUGCUGCAAGACCCUGCUGACGAGCAUUCAUUUGAAUCAGGUGUGUUGGAGCAGGGAAACCUCUAAAACAUGCAGGGCAGUGGGGCCCCCGAGGACCAGGAUUGAGAAAACACUGUUGUAUACUGGUAAAUUCUCCUGAACAAAGGUAAUCAUACAACGAAGAGCUGAGUCGCACACAUCCAACUGCAGCAUAGCAGUUCACUUCUAUUCUGUGCAAAAGAGCAGGCAAAUUUGUUGUGUGGAGGUCAUAUAAACCAAUGUCUCCCAAUCCUGGUCCUGAGGGACUCCUAACCUGCAUGUUUUAGAUGUUGCCUUACUACAACGAAUGGGCAAUUAUUAUUAUUAGCAGGACAGUGGGGUCCCUGAGGACCAGGGUUUGGGAAACACUGAUAUUAGCUGUGCCGAGCCAGCUGGUUCUUUAUAACAGUGUUUUCUCAAUCCCGGUCCUCUGGGACACUCUGCCCUGCAUGUUUUAGAUUUUCCCCACUCCAACACACCCCGAUGUGAGUGGUCAGUUCAUCAGCGAGCGCUGCAGAAGCCUGAUAACGACCCAUUUAUUUGAAUCAGGUGUGUUGGAGCAGGGAAGCUACUAAAACAGGACCAUGAGUUGUAAUGAAAAUCAAACUGCUCCACAAAGGAGAGGCUGUCAGUGAGUCGAGAUAUCGACACUGAACAUAAGGAAUCAGUAACUGCAAACACGAACGCACAUAAGCUGAUUUCACAUGAUCGUGUCCUGCCUGCUUUCAGCAAACAAUUCCAGCAAAAUUGUCAUUUCUGUGGACAAACAUAAUCAAUCACUGUCUGCCGCGCCCCUGACUGUGUGACACAGAUGUUUUGUAGUAGUGACAUUUGUGUCGUUUAUGUCUAAUGUAGAGCUUUGUGUAUUUGUAUGUGCUGUAAGUGCAGUCCUCUUGGACGUCAGACUCGACUUGAACAUUGGGGACUGAAGACGUUAGUCGACUACAACACCUGGCUGGCACGAAUAACAAUUUCCUCUUUAUAUCUCUCAGCGCUGCAACAUUCCAGGGUGUCUCCAGACAGCACUGAGCCUCUUCUUAGUUUCCUGUUACCAGAUUGUGUUGCCGAUACUGUUCAUAGGACGCACAGUGCAUUUCGCAAACAGACACACUGUCUGUUUGUGGAAGUCGUCUCCCCCGUGCUUCAUCAUCUCUUCAUCUUCACUGCCGUGAUCCUGACUGAUGAGUAAUGAUGGCGAACACUGGGGGGGAAUUGGUUUUGAUUAAGUUUGGAGCGACUCCUCGCUUGGCAGCUUUAAAGGCAGCCACACAAACACAGAGCUGUGUCAAAACAGAUAAACUAUACAGUGAGAAUUACACACACAAAUCAUUCCUUGUUAACUCUAGAGAGAAGCUGCAGCCUCGUGUGUUUGUUAAUGUGAAGAAAUGUCCUCUCUGCUCCUCGUUAUUGUCUGUCUCACAUACACAUUUACAUCUUAAUUCUUUUUUUGUGUGUGUUUUCACUGAGUUUUAAACCUGACAAAGACAGCUGGCCUUGUUCGCUGUGUUGUCUGAUACCAUUUCUUUCUUUCUUUCUUUCUUUCUUUUAUUCUCAUUCUCGUUUUCUGCCAUUUUGUGUUCAUGUCUAUGUUCAUGUCCAUCCAUAAGAAACCAUGUGGAGUGGAGCUGGUUGAAAAGCCUAUCCUUUGACUUGAUAGGUUGCUUCAUCAGGACCCGUGGGUGAGAGUCACCCUGAGAAGUUGUGAGGACAGUUUUGUGUUGCCAUGGUGACCAGAUUCAAGGGCCCAGAUGUGGUUUUUUAUGAGUUUUACAUUCUGGGGGAUUUUUUGUUGUUGUUGUUGUCUUAUUUCUGUUUGCAAAAUAAUAUGAAAUAUUUUCUUUUUGUCUAAUUUUCUAAUAGUUUUAAUGAAUUCUUCCUCAAAUGUGCAUUUAAACAUAGUGUCUUCACUCAAAUGAGAGGCUUUGAAGUACUCGACAGGUGAUGCAGAUGGCAAUAGAAACAUAGAUGGUUUAUCCACUCACCUAUGACGUUAUAUACGGGGCUCCAUGGACUUCCAAGUGGGCAGAGCUCAUUUUUAAAUGGAUUUAUUUUACAUGUUGUCAUCUUGUUGUUAUGUUUUAACUCUCAGCUCAUUCUGAAAUUGAGUCUGACGUGUGUAAACAGUUAGUUCAAAUUCUUUUUCCUUUACUUUUAAUUUCUUUGUGUAAUUUGUAGAGCUGUUAAUAUGUUAGGUAUAUAAAUGGCCACAGGCAUCAUCCUGA